AUGUCGUCUUUUCGCUUUGCUCGGACUUUUUCCUCGCGUGCCAACGUGCAACGUGCCUCAGCCUUUUUCCUUGGUUCUACGGCAGUUAUGGUACCGCUUCGCAACCGUGUUAUUCCCACUCUCCCUCGUACUUAUUCUACCGCGACACCAGAAAAAAAAGGCGGUAAUGGAAUGCUACUUUUAAUUGGAGCAGCUCUUAUUGGUGGAGGUGCCGGCUACUAUUUUUAUGCCAACGACACCGCCAAAGUUACCGAGAAAGACGAAAAAGUCGUUAAGAAAGGUCUUGAUUAUCAAUCAGUCUAUAACCAAAUUGCAGAUAUUCUUGAAGAUAAUGAUUAUGAUGAUGGUUC